GUCAGGUCUUUUAGGAUUGCAGCAUCAGCAUCAAUGGAUCCUCAUGGAAAUGGUACCCCAGUGACAUAAUUUCCGUCUUCAAUCAUUGCCAAUAAAACUUUAAAUAAAAUCUAAUUAUGGAAAAUAAAGUUUCUUAACAUAAUACUGACUAAUUUAAUUGUAAAAAUGUAUCGGAGAAAUUUUUUACGUUACUUAUCAACGAGUUGUGGAUCGAAAAAUCAAAAGCCACUUAACGUCACUGAUAAAUUUGAAAAAAUUGUUGAUAAAGGGACAGGAAAGCGUAGCAAAGUACAGGGAUGGGUCAAAGUGAUAAGAAAAAUGAAGGACAAGGUAUUUCUUGAAGUAAAUGAUGGCAUGACAUUUGAACAUACUCAGGUUGUAAUAAAAAAAAUAGAUGCGCCUAAAAAUUUGAGUUAUGACUGUUCAGUAUUUGCUGCUGGUGAAAUAGCGUACGCGCCAAAUGGCAGGUAUGAAAUACGAGCUGACGAAGUUCGCAUACUUGGAUCGUGUGAAGCAGACGGUAGUUAUCCACUAGCAUUUAAAAAAGAAUACAUACUUGAUGAGUUACGUCAGCUUCUACACCUAAGAGCCAGAACACGUGAGUUUUCUAGUUUGCUGAGACUGAGAAGUUUGGCGUCGCUGGCUAUCGGUAAACAUAUGAACCAGCGGGGUUUUAUAAAUAUACAUACUCCUAUUUUAACGUCAAAUGACUGCGAGGGUGCGGGUGAAGUCUUUACAGUAGUGCCGGAAUCACGGCAAGUACUUGACAGUAUGAAGAAAAGUAACAAUCAGCCACGGGAGUCUAUUUAUUUCGAUGCGCCCACUUAUCUUACGGUAUCUGGGCAACUGCAACUGGAGACUAUGGCAAGGACGCUGUCAAAGGUUUACACAUUUGGUCCAACGUUCAGAGCUGAAAAUUCAAAGUCACGGAUGCACUUGUCGGAAUUUUAUAUGAUUGAAGCUGAAGAAGCCUUUGUAACGGACAUUAGGCAGCUGACAAAUGAAGCCGAGUUAUUAUUCAAAGCAAUUACCCGAGCGUUGGUGGAAGAAGGAGCUUCUGACAUGCGCGCGAUAAAUGCCGAGACACCUGGUUGGCUUGACAAAGACUUUAGGUACAUGACUUAUGAUGAAGCGAUUGAUGUUCUAGAAAAACAUCAGGACAAACUCUCGGUACCCGUCAGACGUGGCAGCGCUUUGCCCAAAGAGCACGAGUUGUUUCUGGUUGAGUACAAUGAAGGAAUACCGGUAUUCGUUAUCAACUGGCCGAAAGAAAUAAAGCCUUUCUAUAUGAAAGAGUGUUCUGAUGACCCGAGCAAGGUCGCAGCUAUGGAUCUGCUGGCGCCAGUGGUAGGGGAAGUAUUUGGCGGAAGUCUCAGAGAAGACAAUUAUCAAGCGUUGAAAAAUAAAAUACCAGUGAAUGCUGAUCUUGAUUGGUAUCUAGAUCUGAGAAAGUACGGGAAUGUCCCGACUGGUGGAUUUGGGAUGGGCUACGAGAGAUUUCUUCAAGUCGUACUCGGGAUUCCUAACAUAAGAGAUGUUAUUCCUUUUCCUAGAUGGCCACACAAUUGCAGUCUAUGAAAACUUAAACAAAUAAACUUUUCAGGGUGUUGUGUUGAUGAUUUAUCACCCCUAUGCCUUUAAUGCCAAAACUGUUUUAGAAAUAACCAGUUUCAACUUUUGAGAGGCUGACAGUCCGGAGCAAGAUGAUGGACAAAAAAAAAGAUGCUAAUUUCAGGUCCGAUGCUGCCCAAAGUCUUGUUUAACUAUUCGUCAUUCAUCAGGUCGUUUUUAUUCCUCUAUCGAUUCAUCUCUCAUUAAUUCUAUACUUAGUCUAAGGACAGUUGGAGAAUUAAGGACAGGAAGGUUCAGAAAUAACAACAGUUUUAUUUAAAUUAGGUUCUCUUUAUUAAAUAUUAAGACGAAGAUUCCUUAUACACUUAAAAUCCUUUGAAUAGUUUUUUUUUUUUCAUUAAUCUGGAGGCUUAUCAUUAAAGACGAAGGAUCCUUGGGUUCAGCAUCUCUUCAGUGAUGCUACUUAAUAGCUAUAACUUUUUUUAAACUAUUUUUUUUUAAUUUUAUAUUUUUUCUUCUAAUAAUAAUCCUUACUUACUAUUAA